ACGAUAAAAGAAAAGAUACAGUGUACUGUUCAGCAUCUGAAAAAAGAAUUCAAUGCACUAUUGCCUCUCUAUAACAAACAUGUUUUCAACAUGAGACACCAAUUUCAAAGCCUGAAGUCACUAAAAAACUCUAUUUCAGAACACGAGUCAAUAAUUAUCAUUGAUUUUAGUGAAAACUACGAAACAAAGUACUCAAAAGAGGUACAAAGUGUUCAUUUUGGGGGUUCUAAAACCCAAGUAAGCAUACAAACAGGUGUUUGUUUUUUUGUUAAUAGUUCGACAAAGAAAAUCUGCAUUAAACAAUUUGCUACCGUUUCGGAUAAUUGCAGCCACAAGGCCCCAGCAGUCUGGGCCCAUUUGCUUCCUGUUUUAAAAUGGGUUAUGACUAACCUCAACCCAAACAUCAACACAAUAUACAUUCAAAGCGACGGCCCUACAAGCCAGUAUAAAAACAAAAUAAAUUUGUUCCUUAUGACACACUUUGCUGAAAUUUUAAAGUUAUCAAGCUUUAUUUGGAAUUUCACAGAACCCGGCCACGGGAAAAGCUUAGCUGAUGCAGUAGGAGGCCAGUUAAAAAGAUUUUGUGACCAGCAAGUUUUGUAUGGAAAUGACAUAUUGAAUGCCAAGGAUGUAUACAACAGUGUUAAAUCUAGCGCACAAGUUAAUGUUGAGGUUUUUUUAAUUGGUAGCAAGGAUAUAGAUGAUGUGGAAAAACUAGUCCCAGGUGCGCUGAAGCCCAUUCCCAACACACUUAAACUGAGGCAAGUACUUUGGAAAAACGAUAAACAAAAUAGAAUAUUUCUAAGACAACUCACCUGCCUCCAGUGCGUUGAGCUUUGCAAACACUAUGCCCUUCCUUCCCCACACUACUUCAAAGAAGCUGAUCACUCUGUUGCGACCACAUCAAGGGAAAGACUUCACACAUAUUCAGAUUAUGAUGAAGAUUCUACUCUUGAGCCUAUUACACCAUUGCCUGAUGUCAUUAAUGAUCUUUCCGUCGGGGAUUUCAUCCUUGUGAGAUUUUCCUCAAAAAAGACAUUUAAACUCUAUGUUGGCCAAGUUAUCAGCAAAUAUGACGAUGGUGACUUUGAGGUUAAGUUUUUGCGGAAAACUGUAGGAAACAAAUUUGUUUUUCCACAAGCGGAAGACAUUGCAUCCGUGCAAAUCCAAGAUGUAAUUCAAGUUUUAACAAAUUUUGAAAAACAUCGGGACAUUUAUUCUUUUCAUGAUUUGUCAGUAAACUCUAACAUUUACUAAUUGUAAAUCUUGUA